GCUGCAGUUCACAUCUCGGUAUCUAGCAGAGCCGCUGGUGCCUCCACAGAACAUCUCCCGAGCGCUGCCUGUGGCUGACUGAGGCGAGGCACCAGCACGGGGACUCCGCAGCCACAGGCCUGAGUCAGGCCCAAGGUUGAGUCUUGCGUCCUGCCCUGACCCUCCUGGAGGAGUGACCCCUGAGACAAGUCACUGAGCACCGGGGCAGCCUCUUUCUAUGACUCCGUCUGGCUUUGGCUGGCUGUGGGGACAAGCUGUGCGGGGCUGCCUGGGUCUCAGUGCGGUGACAGCGGCCAGCUUUUCGGUCACCAUGGCGAAGGCCGGGAACUGAGGAGACCCGCGCUUCUGCAGCCUUGGCGGGGGCGCUCAGGUCAGAAUGGAGAACAAAGCCAUGUACCUGCACACCGUGAGCGACCGGGACACCAGCUCCAUCUUUGAGGAGCCCUUUGAUGGCAGGAGCCUGUCCAAGCUGAACCUAUGUGAGGAUGGUCCAUGCCACAAACGACGAGCAGGAGGCUGCUGCACUCAGCUGGGCUCCCUGUCAGCCCUGAAGCAUGCUGUCCUUGGGCUCUACCUUCUGGUCUUCCUGAUUCUUGUGGGCAUCUUCAUCUUAGCAGUGUCCAGGCCCCGGAGCUCCCCGGACGACCUGAAGGCGCUGACUCGGAACGUGAACCGGCUGAACGAGAGCUUGCGGGACUUGCAGCUGCGGCUGCUGCAGGCUCCGCGGCAGGCGGACCCGACCGAGCAGGUGUGGAAGGUGCAGGACGCGCUGCAGAACCAGUCGGACUCGCUGCUGGCGCUGGCGGGCGCCGUGCAGCGGCUAGAGGGCGCGCUGUGGGGGCUGCAGGCGCAGGCGGCGCAGACGGAGCAGGCGGUGGCCCUGCUGCGGGACCGCGCGGGCCAGCAGAGCGACGCGGCGCAGCUGGAGCUCUACCAGCUGCAGGUGGAGAGCAACCACAGCCAGCUGCUGCUGCGGCGCCACGCGGGCCUGCUCGACGGGCUGGCGCGCAGGGUGGGCGUCCUGGGCGAGGAGCUGGCCGACGUGGGCGGCGCGCUGCGCGGCCUCAACCACAGCCUGUCCUACGACGUGGCCCUGCACACCACGCGGCUGCAGGACCUGCAGGUGCUGCUGAGCAACGCCAGCGAGGACACGCGCCGCCUGCGGCUGGUGCACAGGGGCAUGGAGCUGCAGCUCCAGCAGGAGCUGACGGUGCUCCGCACGGUCACCGAGGACCUGCGCCUCAAGGACUGGGAGCAUUCCAUCGCGCUGAGGAACAUCUCCCUCACCAAAGGACCACCGGGCCCCAAAGGUGAUCCGGGAGAUGAAGGGAAGGAAGGCGAGCCUGGGAUCCCUGGAUUACCUGGACUUCGAGGGCUGCCAGGGGAGAGAGGCACCCCAGGACUGCCAGGCCCCAAGGGCGAUGAUGGGAAGAUGGGAGCCACGGGACCCAUGGGCAUGCGCGGGUUCAAAGGUGACCGAGGCCCAAAAGGAGAGAAAGGAGACAAAGGGGACCGAGCGGGGGAUGCCGCAGGUGGCGUGGAGGCCGUGAUGAUCCGGCUGGUGAACGGCUCCGGGCCGCACGAAGGUCGCGUGGAGGUGUACCACGAGCGGCGCUGGGGCACCGUGUGUGACGACGGCUGGGACAAGAAGGACGGCGACGUGGUGUGCCGCAUGCUGGGCUUCCGCGGCGUGGAGGAGGUGUACCGGACAGCGCGGUUUGGGCAAGGCACAGGGAGGAUUUGGAUGGAUGAUGUCGCCUGCAAGGGUACAGAAGAUUCCAUCUUCCGCUGCAGCUUCUCCAAAUGGGGAGUGACAAACUGCGGGCACGCUGAGGAUGCUGGGGUGACGUGCAACAGACACUGAAAGUGGGCAUGGUCCAGGGUCCGGGGCCCUGCUGCCGAGCCUCCUUCCUGCAUUCCUGAGGUGCGGGCAUCGCCUCUGCCCUGCCCAGCCCGGCAUCCCCCGGCCCACAUAUCCCCGUCCCAGGACCAUGGUGGCCUGUCGUCAUUCUCCUCUUGGGCAUCAGCUCCAAAGUACAACUCUGAGAUCUACUGGAUCGUCAUUUUGCCCAGCCUUCCAAGCACCAUGCAUCAGGACUCGAUCCCAUGCUCGCCUUCAGUCUGUCGGUCAAAUGCUGAGAGUCUGCUGGAGAGAAAUGCAGCAGGUGGAGUUGGGAGGGAGGCCUGACAGGUCAUUUACUCUUCAGAGAAUUCCCUUAGUUAGGCCAAGAGUUUUGACAUUUUCCUUCCCAGCAGGAGACUAUACCAAAUGAUUCCGUUCUUCCUUCUUUACUCUGCCUCUGCACACCAUUCCUUAGUCCAGGGAAGUGACAUAGAGAAUGGGCCCCCUGUAGGAGUGAGAGGGAAAUGCACAGCCCCUGCAAGAGACAGCCCGGCUUUGGAGAAGGGCAGUGAAACUGACAUCCAUAGAGCGACUACCCUGUGUACUACAUAGUAUCUUGGGUGCUAAAUUCAUUUAUCCACUUUGCAGCAUUCCCCCAAGGCUUGUGAGCUGGGGUAAGACCUUACCUUUAGGUAGCACUCAGCUGACCUGUUCACCAGGCACUGAGAAUGACAGUAACCAUUGUUUCUACCUGAAUCCUAGCGUGUCUUGACUAGGCUUGAGCAGGGAGCUCGGGUGCAAGGCAUGUGGGACUAUAGGGUUCCAUACUCCAAACCUACAGGGUAUAAGAUCAGACACGGACUGGCUUCCAGGCCAACCACCCACCUAGGAGGAAAGCCGAUUUGAAGGGUGACAUGGGGGCUGUCUGGGUUAAACUGAGACCAACACUCAGUCAUCUGGCAGUCAGGGUUAAGGCCAAGUUACUUGUGUCUUGGAGCUGUUUGGGGAUGAUGAUAUUGAACUUUCCAGGACUCUUUGGGUGUGCUCCUGUGAUCAGAACAUGUGUCCUGAUGGAUCCUGUAGGGAAAUGAGGAUUCCCUAUAACGUCUGGCAGAAGAAGGAGCCAUGGGGCUCUGCCAGUCCUUGGUCUGCACCCCUCUCCUGGUGACAGGGAGAUCAUAUUCUGCUUUUGACAUGAGGAGGAGGUCAAACCAGGCCAUAUACGUCGUGUUCUAGGACUAGGGAAGCUGCGUGGUAGUAAGUGAGCACAGACUCACCUCCCUUGGGGAGUCAUAGACUGAGUUAGGCCUUGGAUACACAAAUACCUGUCACAUGGGGUGAGCAUCAGCUUGGCUGGGGAAGUGACACCUGGACCAUCCAGGUAUAGGACCAGCAGAGUUCCUGGCUGACAACUAAACCAAUAUGUGCUAUUGGUGGUUUUUUGCUUACAAUAUGCUUAUUAUCCAUUAAUGUCCUAAUGAUCGGAGACUCUCCUGAUCAAUUGCUAUGUUUACAUUACACGCAUGUACUCAUGCAUCUUUUUCCAGAACCAGUAUAUUAUGCAUAUAUAAACAUAGCACUCUUUACUACAUAGCUCAGAGCAUUGCAAAGUUUACAUUAAAAAAAGAAAAUACCGAAGGUGGAAAGAUGUCACAUUGAACGAAAUAAAUUCCAAGUCAGUUCUGGCAAAAAAUCCAGUUAUCCCAUUGAUGAAGACCCACAUAACUUUCUUACUUGGUCUUUUCAUUUGGGGAAACACAAGUCUUGUUUUACAUCAAAUAAAAAUCACAAUGAUAAGUGUUUGAACCUUAAUCGAAAAGUCUACUAGUUUACAUAUUUACUUAGGAGGACAUGGAAAUAACCAUGGACCUGGAUUUCAGGGACUAAAGGAAAUUAGGCCUGGCCUAAAAUACAUCAGACCUUUUGUAAGAAAGAAUUUCAAUAAAGCUAAGAACAUGUCA